GUUGUUAAGCUGUUCACGCUGACUUGAGUCCGUUUGUAACAAAGACGAGAAGGAAGGGGAUUUCUGGUUGGAGGGUAGCACAGAUUGAUCAGUGAUUGUAUUCCUGCGUGUUCCAGUUCAGCAGGCCGAGCGGAGCAACAGUUAUAUUUCUGAUCACUGGGAGCCACAUGAUGCCGGAUCCACAGCUGAAGUAGCACUGAGCAGAGCGGGCUGCUGUGAGCUGAACGAUGGGGAACAUAGCCACCAAGUUUCGCAAGGCGCUGAUCAACGGAGAUGAGGUGCUCGCCUACCAGCUCUAUGAGGGCAACCCUCAGUUUAAAGAGUCUUUGGACCCCAACACCUCAUAUGGGGAGCCUUACCAGCACAACACCCCCCUCCACUACGCUUCUAGACAUGCCAUGACACGGAUACUCAGGUCCUUUCUCUUCAGCAAGGAUGGAAACCCUAACAAGCGCAACGUGCAAAACGAGACGGCGCUGCACGUUCUGUGUAUGGGACCUCACAUCAUGCUGUCAGAGGGGGCGCUACAGCCACGCCUGGUGUAUCAUCACGAGGACGAGCGUCGCCGUGCAGACUGCCUCCAGAUGAUCCUCAAGUGGACCGGCGCUAAGUUGGACCGCGGCGAGUAUGAGACCGCUGAUGUCAAUGCCACCGAAAACAAGAAAAAUACACCGCUGCACUACGCUGCCGCCUCAGGGAUGAAGACGUGUGUGGAGCUGCUGGUGAAACGUGAAGCAGACCUGUUUGCAGAGAACGAGAAUAAGGAGACGCCAUGCGACUGUGCGGAGAGGCAACACCAUAAGGAGCUGGCGCUUAGUCUGGAGUCUCAGAUGGUCUUCUCCACAGACCCCAACGCUGCCGACAUCGAGGCUGAAUAUGCUGCUCUAGAUCGCAGAGAGUUUUACGAGGGCUUGCGGGUCCAGGACCUGAGGAGACUGAAGGACAUGCUGAUAGUGGAGACAGCAGAUAUGCUACAGGCUCCUCUAUUCACAGCAGAAGCUCUUCUCAGGGCGCAUGACUGGGACAGAGAAAAACUUCUAGAGGCGUGGAUGUCCAACGCUGAGGACUGCUGCCAGCGCUCCGGGGUUCAGAUGCCCACUCCGCCGCCCAGAGGCUACAACGCCUGGGAUACACUACCGUCACCCCGAACCCCCCGCACCACUCGCUCCUCCAUCACAUCACCUGAUGAGAUCAGCCUCUCGCCUGGAGAUGAUGACCGCUCCCUGUGUGGCAUUUGUAUGUGUGCUGCUUCCAUGUUUGAAGAGCCCGUUGAUAUUCCUUGUGGACAUGAGUUCUGCAGAGGAUGCUGGGAAAGCUUUUUGAAUAUGAAGAUCCAGGAGGGAGAGGCCCAUAACAUCUUCUGCCCGGCUUAUGACUGCUUCCAGCUGGUUCCUGUGGAGGUUAUAGAAAGUGUUGUGUCCAGGGAGAUGGAUAAGCGCUACUUGCAGUUUGACAUUAAGGCAUUUGUGGAGAAUAACCCCGCCAUACGGUGGUGCCCGCGGGCAGGCUGUGAGAGGGCGGUGCGUUUAGCGAGGCAGGGGCCUGGUGCCAGCGCCUCCGACCCGCUUAGCUUCCCUUUGCUUCAGGCUCCGGCGGUGGAUUGUGGCAAGGGGCAUCUCUUCUGCUGGGAGUGCCAAGGAGAGGCUCAUGAACCCUGCGACUGCCAAACAUGGAAACUGUGGCUGCAAAAGGUCAAUGACAUGAGGCCAGAAGAAUUGGCAGGUGUUAGUGAAGCAUAUGAAGAUGCUGCCAACUGCCUGUGGUUACUCACCAACUCCAAACCCUGUGCCAACUGCAAGUCUCCCAUUCAGAAGAAUGAGGGAUGUAACCACAUGCAGUGUGCCAAGUGCAAAUAUGAUUUCUGCUGGAUCUGCCUGGAGGAGUGGAAGAAGCACAGCUCCUCUACAGGUGGAUAUUACCGGUGCACUCGUUACGAGGUCAUUCAGCAGGUGGAGGAGCAAUCUAAAGAAAUGACUGUGGAGGCUGAGAAAAAGCACAAGAGCUACCAGGAACUUGAUCGUUUUAUGCACUACUACACCCGCUUCAAGAAUCAUGAGCACAGCUACCAGCUGGAAGAUCGUCUUCUCAAAACAGCCAAAGACAAGAUGGAGCAGUUGAGCAAAGUCCUGAGUGGAAGAGAAGGAGGUGCUCCAGACACCACUUUCAUCGAAGAUGCAGUGCACGAGCUUCUCAAGACACGUCGUAUCCUCAAGUGCUCUUACCCAUACGGUUUCUUUCUGGAGCCCAAAAGUACAAAGAAAGAAAUCUUUGAACUUAUGCAGACUGAUCUGGAGAUGGUGACGGAGGACCUCGCCCAGAAAGUAAACAGGCCCUACCUCCGUACCCCUCGCCAUAAGAUCAUCCGUGCUGCCUGCCUGGUUCAGCAGAAGAGGCAGGAGUUCCUGGCUUCUGUGGCACGCGGAGUGGCCCCCAACGACUCACCGGAAGCCCCCCGACGCAGUUUUGCAGGGGGCACGUGGGACUGGGAGUACUUGGGGUUCGCAUCUCCGGAGGAGUAUGCCGAGUUCCAGUACAGGCGCAGACACAGACAGCGCAGGCGUGGAGACCUUUCCAGCCUGCGCAGCAACACCCCGGACUCGGAUGAGCCCAACCUCAGCACUUUAGAUUCAGACCAAGUAGGUUGUAGUCAGCGACAAGGUCUACCUAUGCCCCAUAGCUCUUUGGAUGAAGAUGAUCCUAACAUCCUGUUGGCCAUCCAGCUCUCUCUGCAGGAGUCCGGCCUAGCCGUGGGCGAAGGAGGGACUAUAGACACUCAGGAGCUUCUGGCUCACGAGGCAUCUCUAGGGGCUAUCGGCAGUUCUCUGCCCUCCAGGCUGGACCCACUGCUGCAUGGCGUGGACGUACCCCGCGCCGCAUUAAGCAGUUCUGAGCUCCUGGAGCUUGAAGACAGUCUGAAGAAGCUGGGAAACAUGAGCGGCCAGAACGUCCCCCAGCGCUUCAACAAUCUUGGGAAUCCAAGUCGGGAGUCCACAGGAAGCCCUUUCCCACCUUCCUUGGGACACACAAACUCUGCCGACUUGGACUCUGCUGAUAACGCCAAUCUUCUGGGGAACAUCAUGGCUUGGUUUCAUGACAUGAACCCUCAGAACAUCAGUCUGGUUCCCUCUGCCACUUCUCUCGAGCCGGAGUUCGGCUCUCAGCUCAGCUCCGAGCCACAGAUAGAAAAGCCCUUCCAGCAGUGGACAGCAGAGGGCGAGCUCGAGGCCUGUGAGUACAGCAACGCAGACCAGCGAGAGCCUGUCAGACCCACUCAGUUGGACCUGGUGAGCGUGGAGGUGCCAUGCGCAACCAGUCUUGUGCCCUCCACUGGUGAAACCUUAAGCUCUUCUCAGCCCUGCCACUCUGACUCCACAAAAUGCGCCUCUGAUCCCGAACAGCCGAGCAGCAGCUCCUCCGAAUGGGAAGGUCAAGUGCACCUUGUAUGAAAUUGAUCUGUUAGCCCCACAAUGAGUGAGCAAAUCAUUUAUGAUGAGUUUAGGGGGACAAACGUAUUUUAAGAACACUGAAAUCGUCUCGAAACAAAACUUCCUGUCUGGUGUGUAUUGCUGCAGGCCUGUGUGUUUGUGCUUUGAGGGCAUGAUGUGUCAUUUCAUAAUUAGAAAUACUUUUUAAGAGGCAAACGAGUACAAAAAGAACGCAGUCGGAAUCAGAAUUCACCGAUCGGAGCCGUCUAUCACAAGGACUGAUUACUGUAAUAAGCUUCAGGAUAGAAUUGUCGGAGCUCUUUCACAGAAAAGGUCUACUGUAUGAAACAGGACUGGUUCAGCUGGGGAGCCCAGCUGGUCUAAAUGUCUUACACAGUCUGAGCAGGUACGUUUGUGAAAAAGCAAACCAACAAACAAAAAAAAUCUGCUUUGUCUUGGUGAUGGGUGUUACUGUAGUGCCACAAACACUAGCCAGCACUCACCGAGUUCACACAGCUAGUGGACGGUGUGCUGAUUGUGCCUGCUGCUGAGGGCUGAUAAGCCCCCCUCUAUAAACACAAUCCUUCCUUUAAACCCGGUGUGUAGUAUCGGAGAAAUGAACCCUAGCAGCACUUUUUUGAAAUAAAAGUGCAGCUGUGUCAGUUUUUUUCCCCAUUUGGUCAAACCUAAUCACUGUAAUAUACCACUGGUAUUGUCGAAUGGAGAGUAAUACAGUAUCAGUUUUAUUUCUAACCUGCAGUCACGCUGCAGCGAGCCUUCGGAACGGUUACUCUACGCAACUUAUUACAGUGCCUUUUCUGUGAAUCUUAUUUAUUGCCGCAUCUCUCGAGUGCUCAACGUACAUGGCGUCACUGUCAUUUCUAAUGCCAGUGAAAGCAACAGUCUCCAGAUUGACAUUUUAUGGACAAUUUUAGACUUUCUUGCUCACCGUUUAGUUCGUCCCUGGUUCAUCUUUAAAAAAAAAAACAAAAAAAAACAAAGCAGUUAUUAACACAGGCUCAUCAGGGGAAUCCUGCUUUUGGGCUUUUCCCCCUGUAUCUUUUAUUCCAUACUGACGUUAACAGCGCUACAAUAAGUUGAGUGUUUGAGAUGAUGUGUGUACAGUAUGUGAUGCCAUUGUGCUUCAGCCACUAUAAAGAAAAAAUGCCAGACCUAAUAUAUUCCAAGAAAAAAAAAUAGAUUUUCUAUUUAUUUAAAAUUGAAUGUCUUUCAUAAAAAAAAUGAAUUAAUAGAUAAUGUAAAAAAAGAAAAGAAUGAAAGCCACUGUUUUUGUCCACGUGUCAAGAACAUGUCCUUUUACAGUGCCACUUUAAAACAUGCGCUUUAAACUAAUUAAUUAUAACUACUGAGAAGUGUUGUUAGCCUUUUCAAAAAUAGAUUUUUGAUAUACAUUUCUAUAAAUGCCCCGGACAAUAGAAUAAACUGCCGGUUUUUAGGCCUGAUUGGCAGUGUUGGUUUGAAUCGUUUCAGCAGGAAAAAGUCAUUAGGUUGAAAGUUGCAGUACGUAACACUUUUUAAACACUUAAGUAGUGUUUAAGUAAUAUUUAUUAAUAAAAAAAACAAAAAACACGUUUUAAUACGUUUAAAAAAAUGAACUGAACUGCUGCAAGACCUUAUAAAUCAUGGUAAUACUAAAAUGCAAUAUUCUCCUUAAAAAUAAUCGUGUCCUUGUGAAAAUGAAAAACUAUGCAUAUGAAAUGAGCCAGACUGGUCAACAGAUCAUGCAUUCAUUUUGGGAACCUCUAUGCAUUUGUUUGUUUGGAUUUUAACGUCAUGUUUUACACUUUGGUUACAUUCAUGACACAAACGGUAGUUACUCAUUACACAAGAUUCAUCAGUUCACAAGGUUAUAUCAAACACAGUCAUGGACAAUUUAGUGACUCCAAUUGACCUCACUUGCACGUCUUUGGACUGUGGGAGGAAACCGGAGCACCCGGAGGAAACCCACACAGACACGGGGAGAACAUGCAAACUCCACACAGAAAGGACCCAGACCUCCCCACCUGGGGAUCGAACCCAGGACAUUCUUGCUGUGAGGUGACAGUGCUACCCACUGAGCUACCGUGCCGCCCCUCUAUGCAUUCACUUCUGUAUACUGAUACAUGUGUGGUAGAUUGUUCUGCUAAACUGACAUCCAGUUCUGAUUAAAAAGACAUUCAUAUUAAGGAUCUGCUUAUUAUCAUAGUUAAAAAAAAAAAAAAAAAAAACAUUUACAGGAAACCAUUAAAAGCUGUAACUUUCAUUCCAGAUCAUCAGAUGGUGGCAUGUGGGCCAGAUCUGGUCCUGAGCAAUUUAUUCGGAUCUACAUUUAUAAACGAUAUUAAAAGACCUUACAAGGGGUUAAAAUAUUAAAUGAUGAUUCACAAUCACAAUCUAUCGAAAUAAAUAAAACGUGCCCACAAUGUUAUAGGGAACAGUCGUGUUUGGCUAGUUUUAAUAGCAUAAUGUGCAGUUCCAGAGCUUUGAGAAUAUCUAGUUCCUACUUCAAAAUAAUGUAUGAAAAACUGAUAAAGAAAAGUGGACCAAUGAUGUCAUUGUUUCUGCCUCAAGCAGUAGAAAAACCCAACUUGACAUUAUCAACACACUGUGUUUUAAAUAAUUAAACUCUUUCUCUGCAUUGACAUCACUGAUCCAGUUUUCUUUGUGUUUUUAUUCUUUACAUAAUGCAUUUUUAAAUCAAAUAUCUAAAAUGAUCCAAGGUACGAGGUAAAGCAGUCGUUAUUAGCAGUUAUUGCUACUAGGUGUUUCUCGUGCAAAAAACAUAUAAAUAGAAAGUAGGGAUGUAACAAUGCACCACAAGGCAGUUAAUAACAGAUUCAAAAAUUCCACGAUUCAAAUCGAUUCCACAUGUAAAAUGAAUCGAUAUUCACUUUAAACAGCAGAGGGCGCUGGCGCUAUACACCUCGCCUGGCUGACGGCACUGGCGCUAUACUCCUGGUUGCCAGAUUCGAGGGUUUUCUGCCUAAUUGGGCUUAAUUCAAAAUUGUUUUGCAUAGUUUGUACCUACCUAAGAAAUAAAAGGGUAUUUAUUAUUUAGAUCAAUAAAAGAUAAUCACAAUGCAGUAUUUUAUUUUAUUUUUUUAGAAGAAAUAAUAAAAGGAAACUUUGUCAUAAUUUGUCUUCAGUUUCAGUUUAAAAAAUCAGGAAAAAUCAUAUCGUGAACCCAGUAUCGUGAAUCGCAUUGUGGGUAGAGUGUGUUGUUACAUUUCUAAUAGAUCGACGUACAAAACCUGUAUACAAUUAUUAUCCAAUGAUUAAAAAAGUAUUUUUGGUCUUAAAGUCUGAAAUCAAAUCAAAUAAGAAGAAUAACACACAAAAAACAAAGGGUUUAAUCUUGGUCUUAACUAACCAUAAAACAUUUUUCCAUGUGGUAUCAGAAUCAUCCAAGUUGGCAUUGUUUUAAAAAGCUUCUUUUUUGCCAGCCUGUCGUACCAGCCAGCGUUGUUUAAAGCUUGUGAGAUUGUUUUCACAUGAACAAACCUACAGACCAUAAAAGGUUUGUAAGUUCUAAAAAGCAGCCUUUGGCCUCUUUGGUGGAAUAGCCUGAUUUAGACGAGGUGUCUGUGGAGUCGUACACUGUUCAUGUGUUAAUGUUGCUGUGAAUGUUACUCACAGGGAUAGUUAAAAUCCUUAAAUAAACAGGUUAAAGGUGGUAAAUUAUCUUUAAGUUCUCUUGAUGCAUGCUCAAUAAUCCAGGUACACAAAUCCACAAAGUUGAAUCAGUUCAUCUGGAAACAAGUUUGUUGUAGAGAUACGUUUCGUCACUCAUCCAAGUGACUUCUUCAGUCUGAGCUGGUGGUGAAUACCCCAACCUUAUAUGCAGCUGAUUUGCAUAGCGACCGAUCACCGCCCAUUGCAUAACAAUAGAACCAGUGAUCAGGUCCAUAUGCAAAUCACAAUGACCAUUAAUUACAAUGGCCAUGUGCACCUUUCACACAUGAUUGGGGAAUAGCUCCUAUUACGGCGUUGUAAGAUGGUGAGAGAUCUUUAAGUUGCCUCAAAACUUACAAAAUGAGAAACAAAACAUGGUUUGUGUGUAGUAGUUAUCUGAGCAUUUUAAUUCCCAUAUAAGUAAUGAAACAGUGGCUAUAGGAAUGAGCACUUAUGAAUGAGGCCCAAUAAUUUGUGUGGAUUUGUUUGCAGCACUUCUUAUGUUAAAUGUUUUUUUAAAUAACAAAACUACUAAUAACUACUAACUAAUACUGUUACUGUAUCCAUAUAGGACUGUGUUUAGAAAAUGGUACGUACUGCAGCUUUAAGAAAAUCCCAAAAUUGUAAAACUGUAUAUUAAUGCUGCUAAUUGCAUUAAUUGUUCAUGAAAAAAUCCAGUAUUGCGGUGAUGUUCAAUUCCACCCUGUAGAAACGAGCCUGUCGUGUAGUAACAGUAGAAUUACUAAAGUACUGUACUUCACAUGUGACGCUGUCUCAUGUUGUGUGUGUGUGUGUGUACUCAUGGUGUGAAAUGCUAUGAGGUUAUUAUUAUUAUUAUUAUUAUUUUUAAUGAUUUUUUUUCUAGAGCUAAAUAGAAUUGACCUGCAGUGUUUCAUCAGUAAUCAGUAAUGUAUGUUGCCAAAGUGAAAGUGAUGGUGGAGCUAACAUAGUAAAGCACUUGCUAGGUUCUUUCCAUCUUUUAGAUGUGAAGUGACGUGUCCUGUAUGUGACAGUAUGCUGUGCAUUAAAUCACGAGACAUCAUUUCUAUUUUCUUGAGAUGCUACGGCUUGUUGUGUUAAGGCGAGUUAUUGUUUGGAGGAGAAAAAAAGCAAGCACAUUUUGUAACCCAUUAAAAAAAGUUUAUAUUGCUAAGUGACUAAUCUUUAACAUGUUAUUUGCACUUUCAUAGUCUAUACUUGAUACAUUCCCAAUUUAUAUGGAAAAAAAUACAAAUGGUUGAUGUUUGGCCAAUAAAAUUGACUGAACUGAGAAUAAACCCCAAAGUUAUUUCAUCCCAACACUCCCCACCCAAAGCAAAACGGACUUGCUGUUUAAAAAUUGCCAGUAAAACUUGGCUCGAGCAAUGCGAGACGUGCAGCUUCACAGCUGCUGAUCCCAGUUUUACUCCGUGAACUCAAUAAUUUUGUCAUCUUCAUCUUUAGCAAAUGAUUAAGGCCUUCUCAAACAGGGCCAAGUGUUUGUGUUAAAACCCCCCCCAAAAAAGAUGCAUCCCGGCCGUGGCUGGUGCACACGGACCAGAGUGUUCGAGUCUUUGGAAGUUUUAAGUAGUAUAAAAUGUGUAAGUAUACAAUUACAAAUGAAAGUAUUAAUAUUAAUCUGUAAUGUGAGAUGGGUUUGCAUUAAACGGUCUAAUUUUGAGUUCACGCAGACUUUUAAUUAAAUAAAAUAAUAUUUUAUGAUUGCUUUUGUUAUUGUAUAACUGUUACUCUGAGUAAGUUAAAACAUACAACACGUUAUUUUGAUAUUUGGUUACAGAAGUUGAGUUAAGCUACACUAUCAGUUAAUAAAAUGUUUUAAUGCAC